UAAAGCUGUUGGCUUCCGUGUUCAUGUUUCAGAUGUCAGGCGUGUGAAUGAGAGUGAAACACCGUUUCUGGUCUGUGCAGCGUAUGUAGAGCACAGCGUGUGGUGUUGGUUUAUUUGAGCUCAGGCUGUGUCUGUGGUCACUUUGGAGCUACUAAGUAUCAACAGCUACAAAGCAAGAAGGUGUCCCUGCUGGUGUGGACUGAAGAAGGAUGCAGACGAUAAAGUGCGUUGUGGUUGGCGAUGGGGCUGUGGGGAAAACAUGCCUCCUCAUCUCGUACACCACCAACGCUUUCCCGGAGGAGUACAUCCCCACCGUGUUCGACAACUACAGCGCUCAGAUGAGUGUGGAUGGUCGCACGGUCAGCCUCAACCUCUGGGACACAGCGGGGCAGGAAGAGUAUGACCGCCUGCGCACGCUUUCCUACCCACAGACCAACGUCUUCAUCAUCUGCUUCUCCAUCGGCAGCCCCUCCUCAUAUGCUAACGUUCGACACAAGUGGCAUCCCGAGGUUUCACACCACUGCCCCAGCGUGCCCAUCCUCCUCGUGGGCACCAAGAAGGAUCUGCGCUCUGACAGCGAAACCGUGAAGAAGCUGAAGGAGCAGAACCUGGCUCCUACCACCCACCAGCAGGGCAGCGCGCUGGCCAAACAGAUUAACGCGGUUAAGUAUUUGGAGUGCUCAGCGCUGCUCCAGGAAGGUGUCAGAGAAGUGUUUGCGGAGGCGGUGCGUGCCGUGCUUUACCCAGUCACCAAAAAGAAUUCCAAGAAGUGCGUGCUUUUGUAGUCGCUUUGCUUCCCCAGGAGACUGCCAGUGGAAAUGGACACGCAGCAGUCGGUGGACAGACAUACCUUGGAUGAUCCUGGUGCCGAUAGCCAUUUUUCCUGCUUCACGUCUUUUUUUAACCACUGUCCGUAUUGUUUUUGGCUUCCUGAUUUGUGUUUUGCAGCCACCAAAGUAUGCGCUCUUCGCUGUAACUGAAGCAUUCGCUCCUGAUUUUUAAACCACUUUUUUUUUUCUGGCCUCCUUCCUCGUCUCGGAACGAUGUGGUUGUCAAGAUCGCUUGCACUUACCUCAGUGACUGUGGAAAACGGAAACGCAACAUAAAUGGAAAUAUUCCGCUAAUAAAGUAUAAAGCAAUACACACGAGGUUGGUUGAGGUUCUGACCUGUUGGCCCGGUGGUGGAGGAUGACAGUCCCCUGAACUGGCAGUGAUUUACUUGAGCAGCAGUGAUUUACUUGAGGAGAAAAGCACAGCUCUUCCUUCUGUCUGACGUGACACUUUGUCCACAUUCAUAUCUGUUUUUUAUUAUACUCAGAAAUCCAGCUCUGAUCGUCACCCAGUGCACAAACAACGUGCCAGUGAGAAAAGACCGCUGAGUGACCCGGGCUCGAUUGGCAAUAAGCCACGAUCUUGAUUCUUAACUAAAUACCUGAGAUUGAGCUUCUGUUCCAGAACCUUUUCGACAUGUAUUGUAUUUCAUAACUGCCAGUGUAACAUCCAGAAAAUCAUCAUAUUAGCUGGGUCAGGUCUCAGCCUGGUGUGAUGGUCUUGUAAACUAUGUGCCUUAUCCAAAGGGUCACGGCAGGUUUGGGCUACACGGAAGGCUGUAACUGUAUGGAGGCAGCGUGACAGUACAUGGCACAGCCAAGUCUAGUCUUGUCAGAAUGAGUGUACUGUUAUCAGACUCUCUUAAAUCUGUAGCCCGGACUUCCCUGUUGCCUUUUUUUCAUUUAUGCAUAAAAAAAAAAAAAAAAUACCCAUAAAGAUCUAUGGAACGCCUUACUGACACACCUGCAGUGACCUUGUGAGCUUAAUUCUAAAUGCCUGAUCUAUUUCUAAAGUUAGUCUGUUGUACUUAAAGUCCCUGCCGGUCCUUUUAUAAAUAUCUGAAGCUUCCCGAUGUCAUUGCCUCAUUACGGUGCCUCCCGUGUGCCCUCUGCGUACGAGUGGGCAUGUUUCAGUAACAGCCGCAGUGGGACAGACGAACAAAACCAUGAAAGUAAAUGGAGCGUUUGUCCCCUGUGCCCGGAGGCUGAGCACCAGGCAUCCGGGCCGCUCCGGUCAGAACCCUCAGUGUCUAGCGCAGUGUCAUCCCUGUGACGCAUUGCUGGAGGACUGAGUGGAUGUUCUAUACAUUUUACAGUUAACAGCAAAUCGUACGUGCCCAGCACUUGCAGCCGGUUUAGUCACAGGCAUUAUCCCCCAUAUGGUGGAACUGUUCGCAUGCGUUAUUAAAUAUCUGCAUAAAGCUGCAACAUUCACUUCUUGAGGAAAAGGAGAGGAAUAUUCUUGUUGCUGCAGUUUCUGUGAGAUGAUCAUAACUGACAUGUUACUUUUGGGCUAUGAAGCAUAUGAACACCAGCUGUUUUAAGGAGUUUUUACUGACUCAUUGGAGAUGCCGACUCUUGAUCGAGAUAUCGGUAAACGACUUUGCCGUGCAUGUGCAGAACGCUUUCCAGAUACCGAUCUCACCAUGUUGACUAUUCAGAACACACAUAACUGGACUGGUCUCUGCCUAACACGGAUAAUAAGAGCAUAUGAAUGCAGGAACGUUAUUUUUGUGCCUUUUGUUUUAUACUCUGAAGUGUUUGAUACCUGUGGGCUGUGGAGCCGGAGUUCACGGUGACUGCCUUAAAAAGAAACAGGUGAAUCUGCCUUUUGUAACCACAAUCAGCUUCAUUGUCUGGUUUGGAUUAUUUUUUUUUCCCCAAACUUCCUUAAUCUGCUUCUCCCGGUGCAGACGGUGAUUUACUAUUGGGCAAACUACAUAAGCUCAACCGUAAGUCAGUGUUGUGCAUCUGAGAGGCGAGUCUGAGCGUAAUGUGGUUGUGAUGAUGGCUGCUGCCUUUCGGUUUUAAUCAGCUGGAAAUGUGGCGCCUGUACGCCUUCACAUGUGUGAUCGCCAUCUCGGGUUUUGUAGCAGAAACAAAUGCAAAACUGACAUGACUGAACUCUGGUGUGGUUUGAAUGCUGAAGGCGCACCUAGUUUCCUUUUUAAAAUCGUGCUAAAAAGCUGGUGCACAUUUCUGUAUGUGACAAGGUCUCGGGGUUAUUGUAACGGUUAGACCUGCAUUUCGACUCUUAAUAGCUUUUAUUUUACAAUUUUACUUUUGAUUUUUUUGUCUACAAAACAGCCAAAGAGUGCCUUUGGAUGCAAAGAUGUCAGAUUUCUCUCACUGAGUAAAUGGAUCUGCUCUUUUGUGAGCAUUUUAAAAAGAAAAAGUAAAUAUCUUUAUAAGCCAUUCUUUAUUUUUUGCUUUAUUGGAUAGAAUACCACAAAAACCAAAUCCACUGAUGGGUCUGUUAUUGUCAUGGAGGUGUUUGUGAGAGAAAAGCCCUCAGAACUGAAAACUGUGGAAAGGAUGAGUGAGAGCGACUCGUCUGUCGGUGAACCAUUCCUUGUUAUUUCUUUCCCUUCUUCACUGUAAUGCUGUCAGAAUUGAACAGACGAGGCCUCAGGCUGCCUCUGUCUGCCUGCUAUGGUGUAUGGUACUACAUUUAUACACUGGGAACUUGAUUUUUUGGAAAUUUGUCAUUUGUAUAAAUGAACUAACAGUGUAUGAUUUUAAAUUAUGCUAAAUAAAAUUAUAAUUUACGAUUGA